AUGAUGGAAGUAGGAAAAGAAAAUAGCAGGAAACACAGCGAAAUCGUCGUAAAAGGCAAAAGUGAGGUUAAAUUUUCUACUGUGGGUAAGAUUUAUCUAAUUUUUACGUAUGGUAGAUAUUCAGAUCCUGAUCCUAGUCUAGAAAAUUUUAGUCAACCUUGUGAUCAUAAUAGAAAAACCUAUGAAUGUUGUAAAGUGGGCACGCAAGACAUAUUAAUUCUAAAAAAGCAGUUUUAUAAUCAUUCAAGUAAAGUUCUCCAAGAUAGACUUCUAUGUCUUUACAUGUGUGUUAUGACGGCUAAACGACACAGGGAAAGUAAAGAAAUCCGGGCAAGAAAAGCAACAGUAGGCUACAUGUCAAAGUCUGGCAAAAAUGGGGUUCGAGUCUGUAAAGGAUUUUUUGCUACUAUUUUUAGUAUACCAUACAAUCGCCUCACAAUAGUUGCAAAGGUUUUGGAGACGGGUAACAGUCCUAGUGGAAAAAAAUGGGGAGGGGAUAGGAAGUCCCAGAAAAGCGCAACUACAAAGGAAAGAGUACGAGAGUUUAUCGGUAAAUUGCGUGGCAAAGAAAGUCAUUACAAACAGAAAAAACCUAAACGUAUAUACCUUAUAUUUGUAUAUAUUGCCUCCGAUUUGUGCUCCAAGUGUACAAGGUUGAAAGAGCGGUUAAAACAAAGCAAUGACCCAGAAAAGAAAAACAAUAUUAUACUGGAAUACCGCAUGCACAAAAAAAUAGCCAAUAAUUUCUAUGAACUUUGGCGUGAAAAUCCAGACAACAGUAUUACUUUUUGUUUUGACCUUCAACAGGUUCAGCCUCUUCCCCGUACACCUAUUGGAAAUGCCUUCUAUGCUCACCAAAUUAGCCUGUAUUCCUUUUGA